AUGUUUUCAAGCAUUUGGAGAUUUUUAAAACGUCAUAAGCGUAAGUUUGUAGCUGGAAGUAUCAUUAUUAGUAGUGUCAUUUUUUUGACACGUUAUACGCAGCGCAAGCUUCGAGAAUGGCAAGAUAAUGAGAUAAGAAUGUUAAUGGAAAAAACAAAGAAACGACAAUAUUAUGAAAGCAUAGAGAAAACAUGCAAUCAAAUGAUAUUAUCUCUUGCAGCAAACUUAAGAAACUCUGUGAUAAAAGAAAAUGAUACAGAGACUAUUAUAAAUCAGCUUAGAGAUGGUACUGCUAAUAAAAUAGCAUCUUGGAAUCAAUUAAAAAUAUUAGCAUUUACACGAUCGGCCAUAAUAAUUUAUUCUUACACAAUGCUAGUUACGCUUCUUCGAAUUCAGGUUACUUUGAUUAGUGGACAUAUGUAUAAAAAUGCACAGAAUGUGAACAAUGGGAUUAUUGGGAAUGAAGUACAAGCAAAGUACAUGGCACUUUCUAGUUACUUUAUAUAUGAAAGUGUUAAGAAUUUGAAUAAUCUUAUAAAAAGUAAAGUUGUUGAAGUUACAGCUUCAUUGUCUCUGACAGAACAAUUAACAUUGAGAGAUUUGGAACAUAUUUAUUGGGCGCUUGCAUCUUCUAUUUCUGCUGAUAGCUCAAAAGACCCUGUCAAAAAUUUUACAUAUUAUAUAUUGCAAAAAAACACUGAAAAUAAUGACACAUCUAUCUAUACAAAAUUAAUCGAUCAGAUGCUAGAUGUAUCAGAGAGCGAAGAAGUACAAGACUUAAUGCAAAAAAAUGUCAGAAGUGGAUUUGUUUUAUUAAUGGACCAUGUAUCUGUGUAUUUCAAUAAUUCUAAAAUCAAUAAUGGACAAGAUGUUCAAGAUAAAACAUCACAUUCAAAAGAAUCAAACAUCAAAAAUUCAACUUCAACAUACUUACAAGAAGCUACGAAUAAUGGGUCAAGUGAAUUUGUAAAUAUUAACAAAACUACUAUGGCUUUGGCCAAAAUUAUUCCUAUUAUAAAUGGUCUAGUUCCAGAUAAUCCAACUUCAAAAGAUAUAUCAGCAGAUUGGCUUCAAUAUCUGAUAUCAAAUAAUGAACUUAAAAUUCUUGGAGCUAAUGUUUACGAAGCAUUUAGUUGUUUACAGAAUUAAAGUCAAUACAUUAUGAGAAUUAUAAGCAAAAUUAUUUAAUGAUUGUAUAUAACACACAAAAUAUAUAUAUAUAUAUAUA